AUGGAAGUGAAAGCUCCAUCGACGAAGAAAGGUAUGAAGUCACUGUUGGGUAAGAUCAAUUUCCUAAGGAGAUUCAUAUCAAACCUUAGUGGGAGGACGCACGCAUUUCCACCUUUGCUUCGACUCAACAAGGAAGGGUUCGAAUGGGGACAUGCUCAACAAGAAGCAUUCAAUAAGAUUAAAGCAUACCUGAGCCAUCCACCAAUAUUGACACCACCUUGUAGAAAUAAAAGUAUGAGAUUGUAUAUAUUUGCAUCUGACAAAACUUUAGGAAGCAUGUUAGCUCAGGAGGAGGAUAAUGGUGUCGAAAGAGCCAUUUACUACCUCAGUAGAGUUUUAAGUGAUGCAGAAACUAGGUAUAGCAUGAUCGAAAAAUUAUGUUUAUACUUAUAUUUCUCGUGUACAAAAUUGAAACAUUAUAUCAAACCUGUUGACGGUUAUGUUUCAUCUCAUUAUGACGUUAUUAAACAUAUGUUAUCCAAACCAAUUUUGCAUAGUCUAAUUGGGAAACGGGCAUUAGCAUUGACUGAAUUUUCUUUAACAUACAUGCCAUUAAGAGAUGUUAUAGGGCAAGUGGUAGCAGACUUUAUAGUCGAUCACUCCAUUGACGCAAACGCCUUGAAUUAUGUCGAAUUGGGACCUUGGAAGUUAUACUUCAAUGGGUCUAGUCAUAAAGAUGGACAUGAAAUGUUGUUGGAAUUGGGGGCAACUCGGGUCGAAAUAAUGGGAGAUUCGGAGUUGGUCAUAAAACAGACCACAAAGGAAUAUAGGUUUAUUAAGGAGAAUUUGAUCAUGUAUUUCAUAGUCGACAGUCGACCGCUAAAAAGGUUCGAAAUGGUUUCUAUUCGACACAUGCCUCGACUAGAAAACCAAGUGGCUAACGAUUUGGCUCAAAUUGCAUCCGGGUAUAAAAUUUCAAAAGAAAAUUUGCAUAAAGUCAUUGAAGUCAGGGGAAAGGUCGUGGCAACCGGAUUAAUGCCCCUAGAUUUAGAAAAGACAAAGCUAGAAUAUGCUGGUGAAAGAAAUUUCGAAAUAUUUGCAAUAGACAAUUUGACAGAUGAAAACUGGAGGAAGCCAAUAGUGGUGUAUUUGCAGAAUCCAACAGCGUCAACGGAUCAAAAAACUAGGUAUCGAGCAUCGAGUUACGUUCUUUUGGGUACAAAGUUGUUUAAGAAAUCUUCUGAGGUAAUUUUUCUUAAGUGCCUCAGUGAUUCAGAGGUGUACUUUGCCCUUUCGACUGUAGAUAGCGGAGCAUGUGGGGCACACCAAGUUGGUCAUAAGAUGAAAUGGCUUUUAUUUUGCCAAGGGAUGUAUUGGCCUACCAUGUUGAAAGAUUGUAUUGAAUUCGAAAAGGGUUGCCAAGAAUGUCAGAUGCAUGCAGGCAUACAACAAGUCCAUACAAGUGAAUUACAUUCUAUCAUCAAUCCUUGGCCAUUUAGGGGUUGGGCUUUAGAUUUGAUUGGGGAAUUUCGACAUCCAUCAUCUUCAAAAUGA